CCCCUCCCGUAGCCAUGAAAUCCCGGCGGGACAAGCUGAACAUCCCGGCCCUGACCUUGGAUUUGUCGCCAAGUAGCCAGAGCCUGACUCUGCUGAGCCCCUGCAGCCCUGCUAGCCCCUCCAGCCCAUUACAGACUCUGCACCCCUGGAGCUGCCGCAGUGGCAACAGGAAGAGCCUGGUGGUGGGGACGCCCUCACCCACCCUCUCCCGACCUCUGUCCCCACUUUCCGUGCCAACAGCUGGCAGCAGCCCCUUGGACAGUCCCCGGAACUUCUCGGCCAGCACGACUGUGAACUUCCCCUUCGCUCGAAGCCAUGGGCCUCGGACUGACAGCCCAGCUGCCGACCUUCUGCAAGCUGUUUGUUCUUCCAGGGCCGAUGGCCGGAGAUGGUCACUUGCUUCCCUCCCCUCCUCUGGGUAUGGGACCAACACACCUAGCUCCACUGUUUCGUCCUCCUCAUCCUCCCGAGAACGGCUGCACCAGCUGCCAUACCAGCCAACACCAGACGAGCUCCACUUUCUUUCCAAGCACUUUCGAAGCUCAGAGAGCAUCGUGGAUGAGGAUGGGGGCCGCCGCUCGCCCUGCAUGCGGCCUCGCUCCCGCAGCCUCAGCCCCGGGCGAACCUCAGGAGCCUUUGACAGUGACAUUGUCAUGAUGAAUCACGUGUACAAGGAGCGAUUCCCCAAGGCCACUGCGCAGAUGGAGGAACGGCUGCAGGACAUCAUCACCACCUUCUCCCCGUCAAACACGCUGGCCCUGGCUGACGGCGUCCUGAGCUUCAUUCACCACCAGAUAGUGGAGCUGGCUCGGGACUGCCUGGCCAAGGCUCGGGAGGACCUGGUCACCUCCCGCUAUUUCUUAGAGCUCCAGGAAAAGCUAGAGAAGAUGCUACAGGAUGCCCACGAGCGCUCAGAGAGCCAGGAGGUCACCUUCAUUGGCCAGCUUGUUCGAAAGCUCCUAAUUGUCAUCUCACGCCCGGCUCGUCUCUUGGAAUGCCUGGAAUUUGAUCCUGAAGAGUUCUACCACCUCCUGGAAGCGGCGGAAGGACAUGCCCGCGUGGGUCAGGGCAUCAAGACAGACAUUCCUCGGUACAUCAUUGGUCAGCUGGGCCUCACCAAGGACCCUCUAGAGGAGAUGGGGCAGCUGGAUCCUCUGGAUGCCGGCUCCUCGACUGCACCUGAGGCCGGAGACACUCCAGAGAACCGUUCUCUCCCCGUCCCCUCCCGGAGGAAACCGUGCGAGAGCGACUUUGAGACCAUCAAGCUGAUCAGCAAUGGGGCAUAUGGGGCCGUGCACCUGGUCCGGCACCGGGAGACCCGCCAGCGUUUCGCUAUCAAAAAAAUCAACAAGCAGAACUUAGUGCUCCGGAACCAAAUCCAGCAAGUGUUUGUGGAGCGGGACAUCCUCACCUUCGCUGAAAACCCCUUUGUCGUCAGCAUGUUCUGCUCCUUUGAGACCCGCAGGCACCUCUGCAUGGUCAUGGAGUACGUGGAAGGCGGGGACUGCGCCACACUGCUGAAGAAUAUGGGCCCCCUGCCAGUGGACAUGGCCCGCAUGUAUUUUGCGGAGACCGUCCUGGCUUUGGAGUAUCUACACAACUACGGCAUCGUGCACCGGGACCUCAAGCCAGACAACCUCUUGAUCACGUCCUUGGGCCACAUCAAGCUAACAGACUUCGGGUUGUCCAAGAUUGGACUGAUGAGCAUGACCACAAAUCUGUAUGAGGGCCACAUUGAGAAGGACGCCCGCGAGUUUGUGGACAAGCAGGUCUGCGGGACCCCUGAGUACAUUGCGCCUGAAGUGAUCUUCCGACAAGGCUAUGGGAAGCCAGUGGACUGGUGGGCCAUGGGCGUCAUCCUCUAUGAAUUUCUUGUGGGCUGUGUCCCGUUCUUUGGCGACACCCCCGAGGAACUCUUCGGCCAGGUUGUCAGUGAUGACAUCAUCUGGCCAGAUGGAGAUGAGGCACUGCCUGCGGACGCUCAGGACCUGAUCACAAAGUUGCUGAGGCAGAGUCCCCUGGACCGAUUAGGCACUGGUGGUGCCUUCGAGGUGAAGCAGCACCCCUUUUUCCACAACCUCGACUGGACGGGUCUCCUACGGCAAAAGGCAGAAUUCAUCCCACAGCUGGAGGCGGAAGAUGACACUAGCUACUUUGACACUCGCUCGGAACGGUACCGCCACCUGGGCUCUGAGGACGACGAGACAAACGAUGAGGAGUCCUCUACCGAAAUCCCCCAGUUCUCUUCCUGCUCACACCGGUUCAGUAAGGUUUAUAGCAGCUCGGAAUUCCUGGCUGUCCAGUCAAACCUGAGCUUUGCCGAGAGAAGCUACAGUGAGGACAAGGAAGAGAAGUCAGAGAAGUGGGAUCGGGGCUCAGGAGAGGAAGAGAAGAGCCGCCCUCUAAGCACAGAAGUCAGGCUGAGGUCCUGGACGUCCUCUGGCUCCCUGCGGCACUCCUCCUCCUCCUCCUCCCAACCUGAGCGGAGCCAGAGCCCCUCGUCCCUGAGCACCACCUACAGCCUGGACCCCAUGCCCAAGUUCGCCUUCUCCUCCGAGGACGAAGGCUCUAGCCAGGGACCUUCGAAACCAGAGAGGCCAAUUUUUGUGUUGGGAGAACCUGAGGAGCCAGUGAAAGAAACAACCGAAGUAUCUGCCCUCACAGGCGACGGUUCAAGCCUCAGCCAAGUCCGAUUACGGAGCAACAGCACAGGAGCGAAGAACUCCACACCUCGGGGCCUGGAAGGCGGGGUGAGCCGGCGCCUCAGCGGCCAGAAGGAAACACCCGAGAAGCAGAAGAUGUCCCCCGGCGGGGGCCGGGUGCCCAAAUCAGCCUCAGUCUCAGCCCUCUCCCUCGUCAUCACUUCAGAUGACUGCAGUAGUGGCGCCCUCAUGAGUCCCAUCUCCCCCCAUUCCCUCUCCUCCAACCCCUCGUCCCGGGACUCCUCUCCGAGCCGAGACUCCUCCAUUGGCAUCACCAACCUACGGCCGCCCAUCAUCAUCCACAGCUCCGGCAAGAAGUUUGGCUUCAGCCUGAGGGCCAUUCGUGUCUACAUGGGCGAUAGCGAUGUCUACACAGUGCACCAUGUGGUCUGGAGCGUGGAGGAGGGCAGCCCUGCUCAUGAAGCUGGACUGCGGGCAGGAGACCUCAUCACGCACAUCAAUGGAGAGUCAGUGCUUGGAUUGGUUCACAUGGACGUCGUGGAGCUGCUGCUGAAGAGCAACAACAAGAUCUCCCUUAGAACCACCGCCCUGGAGAACACCUCCAUCAAGGUUGGCCCAGCCCGGAAACACAGCAACAAAGGCCGGAUGGCCCGACGGAGCAAGAAGAGCAGGAAGCGGGAGAGUCAGGACAGGAGGAAGUCUCUCUUUAAAAAGAUCUCCAAGCAGUCAACGAUGCUGCACACAAGUCGGAGUUUCUCCUCUGGGCUCCACCACUCCCUGUCUUCCAGUGAGAGCCUUCCCGGCUCUCCUACCCACAGUCUGUCCCCCGGACCAACCACCCCCUGCCGCAGCCCUGCUCCUGAUGCCCCGCCAGAUACAGCAUCUCCACAGAGCACUUCGCCCUCCUCCAGCACUCCCACCUCCCCAGCGGGCCACAUCCGUCCCAGCUCCCUGCACGGGCUGGCGUCCAAACUGGGGCCCCCACGAUAUAAAGUUGGUCGCCGGAAGUCAACAAGCAGUAUCCCUCCCUCCCCACUGGCCUGUACUCCCUCCCCAGGACCCCAGCCCCCAUCACCGCAGAGGUCUCCAUCUCCUUUACCAGGUUACCCCAAAAACCUCUAUGCCUUCCAGGGUAAGACCUUGUCCCCACCGAUGAUCACCAGGCAGACGUCCCGGCCACGGAGUGCCGAGACCCCCCGAUCUCCUCUCCUGAAGCGAGGGCAGUCUGCUGACAAAAUUGUCCCCUCCUUGGUGGAGAAGAAGCCAUUGGGGGGACGUAAACUCACCCUUGAAAUGCCAGCAGGAGAUGGGGAUGGCCCCGAGGAAACGUCUGUCCAGGCCUUCGCAGGGGCUGGUAGCAGUAGUCCUGGAGACCAUGGCCGGGCUGGCUACACAGGCACUGCAAGCCGGGGGAGAGACUGGGCUGGAGACCGCCACGAGCGGGACCAGGAAGUGGUGGUCAUGCGGCGCCUGAACCUCUCAGAGCGCCGAGACUCCUUCAAAAAACAAGAGGCGGUUCAGGAGGUGAGCUUCGACGAAGCCGAGCCCGCCGGCCUAGGGGACGAGGGCUCCUGCAGGCAGGAGGGCCAGGCGGAGCCGAGGGAGCCGAGGCCAGGGGCACAUGAGCAGAAGCCCCCACCCGUCCCCCAGAUUGCCGUGCAGGGCUCAGAGGGCGAGGUGCACGAGCCAGGCUCAGCAGAGUGGGAAUGUCAGGGCUCUUAUCCACCCCUCCAGCUGCUGGCCAAGGUCUACACCGAGCAGACGGACGGGACCAAGGCAGUUGAGUACAAGAGUCUCUCGUCCCAGCGGCGGAACAGCAGGGACCUCCGGGACUUGAGCUCGGGGCAGCAGCCCCCCAGGGUGGGCCGAACCCUUCGGGGGCCCCUGCAGGCUGCCAAGUCCCUGCCCAUCCUUCAGCUCUCGGGAGGCCAGGAGCGGGCAGGACCUGACUCUCGAGCUCCCAGAGCGAGUCCACGAGAUGGAGCAGGUCCAGCAAAGAAGAAAGAUGGGGACCGGCGCUAGAAGCCAUGCCGGCGGUGGGAAGUCACUGGAAGAGGUGCCCGCGAGGCUCCCCCCACCCCCACCCAUCCCACCCACUCUGCAUCUGCCUCUCAGAUCUGAGUCAAGUUGAUGCAUGCGUCCUCGUGACGGGGUGCGGGAGAAAGGAAACUCACCACCUUCCAAAAGCCGCGAACCUCAGGAAGAGCAAGCCUUUGGGAUGUGCCCGUUUGGAAAAGAUAAAAAGCAGAAAACGCCAGACCCAGUGCACGGAAACCACGGACUUGAACAAGAACCACCACGAGUUUUCUUUUUUUUUUUCUACGAACUGGAAAGAAGUCUCCUUAUUUUUGUAGCGUGCAGGUGCCGUGGGUGAGAGAAGGCCUUUCCUCAGCCGGUCAGGCCCUUUUGUAAAUAGCCACAGAGGCAGA